CUCCAGCUGCUUCCGGGACACAUUCCCCUACCCAUCUAAUCCUGUACUCUUACCUUCGCAGAUACAGACCUCAAAGACCAAGAUCAAAAUUCCACAGCUAUGCCUCCCUCCUCGUCUCUGAUAAACCGACUGAAAGUCCAACUCAAAAUGUCCAUAUCGCGUUUGCGGAUGGUUCAACAGAAAGAUACUGCACUUGCAAAACAACAACGGCGAGCGCUCUCACAGCUUGUCGAGCAAGGCAAGCUCGAAUCGGCACGAAUUCGCGUCGAAAACAUAAUCCGCAGCGACAUCACCACCGAACUUCACGAGAUUCUUGAACUGUACUGCGAAUUGCUACUCGCACGCAGUCAACUACUCGAUCCCCCUUCCACAUCCACCGCACCCUCCUCACCAUCUACAUAUUGUGACCCAGGUCUUGAAGAGCCAGUACGAAGCCUUAUAUAUGCCGCGCCACGGACUGAGGUAAAGGAAUUGCACAUGGCACGGAAUAUAUUGAUAGAGAAAUUCGGAAAGGAGUUUGCUCUGAGUGCUAUGGAAGGCGAGGGCGUCGCAGAGCGUGUACUGAAGAAGCUGAAAGUGGAAACGCCAAGCAGAGACCUCGUGGAUGCCUAUCUGGGCGAGAUAUGCAAAGCUUAUGGAGUGCCCUUCGGCUCAGACAACACCGAGGAUGAUGGUAAUGAGUCGGAUGGGGACGGCGGGGGUCAACGAGCGAAGCAGGAAAGCGAGCUGGGUUUAGAACCAGCACUUGAAGCAGAGUCAGGGGCUACGAAUACUUCGACCAGCGAUAAAAAGGGAGAGGAGGUGGAUGAGCUGAAGAAAGCAAAGGCGCCAAAGAGUCUAGGGCCUGGCAGUCCGUUACGCAUUGCGCCGUCAAGCCCAAGCUCGGAGAACCCAACACCGCGGAUAAGAAUGCCAGGACAGACAGGGAAGGAGCCAGUGUCGGCAGUGAAGAAGACUCCAACGGCGGCAGCGAAGAAGAAGGAUGAUGGGCCGGGCGGGAAGAUUCCAGAUGUUGAUGAGUUGGCGAAGAGGUUUGCAGCGUUGAAACGAUGACCUUGACUCACGGCGUGGUCUAGUCUACGUACCCCGAAUGGUACAACACGUUCGGCCGUAGCCAUACUAUUUUGCAACCAACGAAGCAAUAACUAUGGCCGGAAUAACUGUGCAGGACCAUACCAAACUCUGGCCGAUUUCAUCUAUCUCAUAGUCCUGUAUUACAUGUUUGUAAUGGAGGCCAACCCCAGUGUCCCCUGGACUUUCAGGUCAACACCUAGUUGCUAACGUCUUUCCCCACGCACUAUCAACUAUUGCUGUCUUUGAUACCAGGGAGUAUGUCAGCUGUGCGCAUGCAUCGCUGGAAAAAUGCUACAUUGUGUAUAUCAGAUUAGAAUUCACAUCAUUCCGUGGCUAUAUGAUGUCAUGGCUCGUAGGGGUACACCCCCUCAGGGUCCUUCUACGACCUCAAAACGUCUGUAAUAGCUUUCUGUGGUGAACACAGAGAGUACCACAAACAAAUUUGAAAUCACUGAGGUGUU